AUGAAGCCUCGAUUAUUCUCAACAUUGCGUUGUUUGCAACAUGAAAAUCCCUUGGGAUUGCCCCGAGCGGGAAGUAUUCCUCGAAUGCAGCGCGGCUUGCCGGAACGACGGUCGAUCAAAGAUGUGAAGAAAGUAGUCGCUGUAUCAUCUGCGAAAGGUGGUGUCGGGAAAUCAACUAUCGCAGUGAACCUUGCUCUGGCAUUCGCCCGUCGUGGGCUUCGAAGCGGAAUCCUUGAUACGGAUAUAUUCGGCCCUUCAAUACCGACAUUAUUAAACCUAUCCGGCGAGCCAAGGUUGUCCUCUAACAAUCAACUACUCCCUCUCUCCAACUAUGGAGUAAAGUCUAUGUCGAUGGGGUACCUAGUCGGAGACGCCGCCCCAGUGGUUUGGCGCGGCCUCAUGGUAAUGAAGGCCUUACAACAGCUUUUGCACGAAGUCGAUUGGGGAGGAUUGGAUGUUCUUGUUUUGGAUUUACCACCAGGAACAGGAGAUACACAAUUGACGAUUACACAGCAGAUUGUUUUAGAUGGCGCUAUCAUAGUAUCGACCCCCCAGGAUAUUGCGUUGAAGGACGCUAUAAAAGGGAUAAAUAUGUUCAAGAAAAUGAACAUACCCCUCCUUGGCAUGGUACAGAACAUGUCCCUAUUUACAUGCCCCCAUUGCAACAGCAGCACACAUAUAUUUGGAUCUCAUCCAGGCGUAAAACAUGCUUGUGAACAGCAUGAUGUCCCUUUCUUAGGGGAUAUCCCAUUACAUCCAAGUAUAUGCGAUGACGCUGAUAGGGGGAAACCAACCGUUGUUUCGGAGCCAGAAAGUACACGAGCUGAUGCUUUUAUGAGCCUCGCGCAAGAAAUUGGCCGCAAAAUCGACCUGCUUUAG